GGCAGAGCGCGUUCAUGUGCACGGGGCCGCGCCUGGUCGUGCCCGCGCCCUCUCUGAUCAAUUUCUCAAGGUGUUCUCUGCACAGCUGAAGAUGGCGACAGAUUAAAUAGAAAUAAGAGGAGCCCCCAGCUGGGUGAUCUGGGCCUGGGUGCACGGCGAGGAAGAGGAGGCAUGGGAAUAGUCAGUCCUAGCAGCAGGAUGCCCAGGGAGCAGAAGAACAGUGCCCAUCAGAAGAGGAAGAGAAAACAAUAAGGAGGGCACAGCCACCUUCCAGAGAGCACGAGCAGCCCGGGCUCAGCAGGCAGGAUGGGCAGCAGGUGCUAGGCACAGGGGCAUGCUCUCACCUGGCUCCGGUCCAUAGGGGGGAGGGUGGGGGGAUCUGCAUGGGUUGUCCCUGGCAUCCCCUGUGGACUUCUUCUUGAUGUACUGUGCCCCGGGGCUGAAUCUUUACACAGGGAGGGGGGUUCUUUUUUUCUUGCUUGGCUUUCCCAAUAGCUCCUGCAAUGGCCUGUUACUGAGUGACCCGGGCAGGGGCGGGUAGGGGAGGGGAGCUCCCAUCCCUUCACCCACCAUCCUUUAUCUCUCCACCUGUCAUUGCUCCAUCACAUCACCAAUACCCUACUAUUCUCGCCACCAUUUCUCCAUCUGGUCCCCCACCCAUCCCCCUCCCCGACCUUCCUGAUGAUGGCCCUCUCUGCAGCAGGCCCCCUCACCAGAGGCAGGUGACAUUGUGCUGGUGGUAGGGAGCCCACCACAAACAUCAUAGGGGGGUGGGGAGAGACUGAGAGCACCCGGCCGCCGAAUUCUCCCACCCCCUAAAAUAUGAUCAGGGGGGCUUGGAUGUAUCCAAGGGAAGAUGAGGCCUUCUUAAAGAUCUGCUGGGAACCCCGACACAGCGACAAACCGUGCGCCGACUCGGAGAGGGCUCAGAGAUGGCGCUUGUCCCUCGCCUCUCUCUUGUUCUUCACCGUCCUGCUGUCUAAUCACCUCUGGUUGGUCUCUGCAGGGGCCAAAGCAAGAGGCAACUUCUCCUACAGCCACCAGCCGGCCCGGGGGGAGCAGGCCAACUCCAGCUUGCUGUCCCUCCAGAGCUUCCCAGGGGAGGGCAGGGGGUGCUGGGACAACUUCCUAAGCAAUUCGACCAAAUCUGCUGCUCAUAGUCCGCAUUGCACUGGUGCCAGGUCCUCUCACCUGGAUACUGCCUGCACCAAACUGCAUUUGCAAAGACAUCGGGGCUCUGUGGCCCCCUCCUCUCCCCAAUCCUCCUCCUCCUCCUCUUCUUCAAGAUCCUACUCCCCUUCCUCUACUUCCUACAACCAAAAGAGGAACUUUUUGAAGGCUUAUUUUAACAAUUUUACUCUGUCUUUUUGUGAUACUUACACCAUCCUUGACCUGCUGCUGGGCAUGUCUAACCCGGACAGCCUGAACUGCAGCCUGGAGAACCUGAUGGAGGACUUCAUGGGGGCUCCUGUAGCCUCUGCUGCUGUCACAGACGAUGAGGUGUGCAGCAACUGUAUCCAAGCUUACCAGAGACUGGAUCAACACGCUCAGGAAAAAUACGAGGAGUUUGACUUUGUCUUAGAGAAGUUCCUGCAAUCUGGGGAGUACUCUGUAAGAUCCUGCGUAGGGGACUGCAAGGCUGUCUACAAAGCCUGGCUGUGCUCAGAGUAUUUCAACGUCACCCAGCGACAGUGUCGUAAUGGUAUUCCCUGCAAGCAGUACUGCCUGGAGGUGCAGACCCGUUGUCCCUUCAUACUACCUGACAAUGAUGAUGUCAUUUAUGGAGGGUUACCUGGCUUCAUCUGUACAGAUUUGCUAGAAAACCAUAUGUCUAACACAGAUGCGGUUUGUUGUGAUGUCCGAUGGCAUUCCUGCAACAUCCCAGGGAGCGGCGCCCACAACACAUCUACCAAAUCUUCGAACUCCCAAUCCAUGUAUUACCAACACCGCAGUCGCCACCACCAGCACCCUCACCAUCGGCACCAUCACUUGCAUCCUUACCACCAUCAUCACAAACCAUCUCUGCUGCCGGUCUCAGCGGGAUCCCGCCUCGGAAACACGAGACUAAAGCUGUGUGUGUUGGUGCUUAUGUUGCUCCACACCAUGGCCUCCUUUUCGGCUGUGCAAAAUGGGGUGAGCUUGGAAGCCAUGCCUGGCAUGGAUGAGACAUCAGCACGUGAAGAGUGAACACGUGGCAGUGCUUUCAGAAAACUCAGAAGAUUGGAAUACGUUCUUCUAAAGGGUGUGCCCUUUUCUAUGACCCAGAGGCAAUGGGAGAUUGCCCUCAGCAGCAGUUAACCAUGACACAGCAUGGUGAAAAAAAGAGUCCUUUGGGUUAGAGGGCCGUGAGACACAACUUUGAGAAGGGUUCUGUGUCAGUGGCCUUGAAAUGAUGCUUGUGUUAUGCAGAAGCAAUGUAAGGCAGAGUCAGAUUGGGGUGGUCCAGUAUCAUUAUAAGGAGUAGUGUAAAAGUGGAAAGAAUGCCUGGCCAAGUAAAACAUGGCGCUCCAUGGUUAGAGAAAUUAACAGCCGGUUGAGCCCGCUGGUAACUACCAGUGAGCCUUACUUGUGGUAGAUGCUAAGUGCUUUAUUGCUGCCCUGAAUGUAUUCUUGGUCAUGCUGAUUGAAAGCUGGCCCAAAUAUCCAACAGCUUAUGGCCAAAUGGCAGCCGUAUUUCUAACGUGAACAACUAAAAAUAGUAAAAAAACAAAAAAAAAAAACAACAACUAUAUUUUAAUGUCAUCAAGCCAGGGUUACAAUUAGAAAAGCAAUCCAAUGACUAGACAUAUCCUGUGAAGAUGUCAUAAUGAUGUUUCUAUUUGCAGGAAAAGUCCCGUAAUCACUGGUUACAAAUCAACAGGCAUCAUGAGCCACAGAUCUUAACAGAAUGUGCAAAAAAAUAGAAUUAAAUCUUUUACGAUAUCACAGAUGUACAGAAAACUAUGUUUUAGAGAAUGAGAGAUAAAAUGUAAGAAAAACUUAUAGAGAUAAAUAGAAUAUAUGGUAUUUAUAGAGGGUCAUACAGCAUCAUGUCCUAUGCACCAGGUGAUGUGUAGAUGUGAAAUGUCACAAUGCAAUCGGAAUGUAACCAAUACACUUACCUAGAGAACCCAGAACCACAAUUGUAUAAUUAGGGAAUGGGUGAGCCAUAACUUCAUAUCAUAAGUCCAGAAGUUGCUUGUCCAUAAUAUAUGGAAACAUCAAAUAAUAUCAAAACCUGAGUAUAAAUAUCCAGUUACCCUGUCUUAUUAUUUAAACAACAUAUGACCAAUUCAAGCUUUGGGUUUAAAUUUAAUAAAUUGAGUAGAUAUUAAGGAAGGUAACAAUGUAACCCCACUUCUAUAUGCAACUACACGUUGGCAAAUAAGAUCUGUAUAUAAGCAGUACAGGAGAUAAGUGUCUGAUCUUGAGAACUCAGUCCCAAGGCUUCCAUUAGAACAAAGCUGCAGUCAUGUGUACAAACCGCCGCUCUAUUUAUGAUUAUUAUUAUUAUUAUUAUUAAUUGAGCACAAUCUCCAGCGGCUCCAAUAGACAAUGAAUGGAUGGAGCAGCAUUGAACACACGUUACCACCGCUCCAUUUUGACAGGAGCAUAAGGACCGAGUUCUUUGAUCACGGGCGGUCCAAAUGGUCAGGUUCAAAUGAUUAGAUACCUUGGAUAGGGGAUGAGUUAUUGUGGUUGAUGUACUUAAUUAAUUAAACAUUAAGUACACACACUUGUGCUGUAGACCACUCCUGAAUGUGCUUAGAAGAUAUGUAUGGUCCUACUUCUAUUACUAUGUAAACACCUACACAGUGUGAAAGGCUUUGCUUGUGACUGAUUGUGUACACAAAUCUUUAUAGUCAGCAUCUUACUUCUUCAAGUCAUCUUAAUUCAGUCUUGCCAGAAGAAACAGGAUUAGGUGUGUAUUUCAGUCUCAUAUGUUGCACAUACAAUUAAAUUGUAACACAAUGCAGAAUCUUUUAAUGCAUCGUCUGUUACCAGAUAGGAAUGUGACUAUUCUGUUUUGGCAGCUUAAAUUUGUUCAGUAAUUACACAUCUGUGAUAAUUUCUAGGGGAAUUCUACAUAAGUGAAUAUUAACAUAAUUUCCUGUAGGCAUUUUCUGUAACUAUUUAAGUUCUCAGAGGUUAUCUAUCUAUCUACCUUUCUAUCUAUUUAUCAAAUAGCAGCAGUCCUCUCAUUACACUAAACUACUGCCAAUUUAAAAAAAAGUAGUAUUCAAUAGGGGGCUACCCUUUUCCUUUUCCCCACCUUGUUUGGUUUUAUUGACAGGUCUUUUCUAUACACAAAUAGUUAUUGUAAUGCAGAAGCUUAGAUGGACACUGUCACUUGAAAAAACUUUUGACACGUUGUAGAGACAUGUCAAAAGUUUGAUCGGUCGUGGUCUGAGCGCUCAGACCUUGAGUGAUAGCUAAAACUAGCUGAGAGAAGAGCACGCUAAGUGAGACAAACUUACGAUGUAAGUCUAUGGGAUUGUCUCGGUCAGCUGCACUUUUCUCCACGCUUCUUUUAUCAAUGGGUUGGGGUUUGAACACUCAGACCCUGACCGAUCAAAAUUUUUGACAUAUCUCUAGUACAUGUCAAAAGUUUUUUUAAACAACAGAUACACAUUAACCUAUCUUGACUGUAAAAUGCAACAAUCACACCAUUUUAUAAUGUUUUAUUUAAUAAUUACCACAAAAAAAAUUUACAUUCCCACAAGGGGGGAGGAUCACAAGCCACCAUAAUAAAUUCAUUUACAUAAAUACGCAUCCAUAAACAAAUAUAUUUCAUAUGCAAAUAUUCCAAUUCAUAAUAACCAAUAUUAUAUGUAAAUUGCACAAUUGAUAUAGUACCCAGUUACAACAUCAGUAUAAAGUGCAGAGUGCAUACAACAUUAAUGCAAUGAAUCAGUAAAUGACCUUGUAUACAUAUUAUAUGCAUUUCUUAACUGAAUAUAGAAUUAAUAAUUCAUGUUUGACUCAAUAGAUAAAAAUAAAGUGCUCAGUGCUGGAGCCAUGAAUCAUAAUUAACAAAAUAACAAAGUAUCCUGUUACGACCUAAUGGAACCAAAACAUAACCAGUGGAAAUACAGUGGUCCCUCAAGUUACUAAAUUAAUUGGUUCCACGAACAUUGUAUGUUUAAACCAUUGUAUGUCGAGAUCUUAACUCUAUCGAAAGCUAGUAAUUAGCUCCAAAGUCUUCAAUAUGUCAACCCAAAAUAAUAAAAAGAUAUGAUAACUAAUAUAGAUGAAGUAAGUCCUUCUAAAAGUCAGAAAUAGAUGCUAUAAACAAUAAAUCAUGUUAUGCAUAGAUGACAGGUGCUUCUCCGGGGUUCUGUACAGUUAUGUACAAUGUGUCUAAAAGAGCAGCUAGUUCUGGCACAGAUAAGCAGCUGUACAAUUCUGCUCUACACUGUAGGAGGCGCUACUAGACAGUAAAUUAGUGAGUGUUCUUCAAUAAUACAGGGGCUUUACCAGUGAAGUGCCCACUUUGAUUGGUCAGAUCUUUCAGCCUUUCACACAAGCCAUGGAUCCGGACUGUUUCCGGUUUUCUAUGUUGAGAAUGGUUUCAAGUUACAAUGGUCCUGGAAAGACCAUUACAAACCAUUACACUGAACUGCAAACAUAUACACAAGGCUAGCAAUUAUAUACUGACCCAACACAAGGAUGUAAGAUGGCCCCAAGUAAAGGUAGAAAUAUAAUCACAAAAAUCCUCUUGGGGUAUUCACCCCAAAAGGGCACAAAGCCUUGUUACUUGGGGACUCCUAAACCAUAGAGGUAAGUAAAUGCCAUCCUACUUCUCACAUGCACGGUGCUAUAAGUACCUGGUGCUUGAUGUCAGCCAAGUGAGACACAGCGCCCAGGAGGUGCUUAAAUUCACCGUCCUGAAAGGCAUAACACUAUCCCGUUCAUGAUAGGCCAGGCGACACACACCCCUUGACAUCAUGGGUCUCGGUAUGCCCCAAAUGUAUGGCGUCUGUAUUGCUGUGGGAUACAAGGGUGGCGGGGUAGAAGGAAAACUAGCAUUAAUUAAACUGUAAUGAAGGAACCGGCAUUAAAUGAAGAUAUUGAUGUGAUUAUCAGGGAGAGGACACAGCUGUGAUUUCCCUAAUGCUACAAACAAUCAGGAAACAUCAUGCUAUUCUCCUCCCAAUUUUAAAUUAAAUAAAGAAAAUAAUUAGGUUAGCUGCCACCCUAGGCGCUGUUCUACACACAUUGGCCCUCAUUUACUAUUGCAAACCCGACAUGUUUUGUCGGGUUGUGUGCCAGAUUUAAAGUAAUAUUCAUGUCAAACACCACCAAUAUUGAUGACACGUAAAACUUACCAUUUGUAAUAAGUCUGUAACAUCUAUUAAAAAUAAGCGCCAGCUUUGAUUUAUAAUGGCUAAAAUAAAAUCUAAUAGGUUUGUACUGGCUCUUAUGUUUUGUAUUAGAAAAGAUAUAUAAAUACUAUAUUCUAUGAUCAAAAUUAAAUCAUCAAUAAAAUGCUCAGAGCUUGUGGAUCCUUGGAUAGUAGCUUCAUCUGAUGAUCAGCAGAGUUCUGCAUGGGUGGGUUGGAAUUCUUACCAAACAUUGAUGACCUAACCCAAAACAAUCCUUUUAACUCUUUCACAUAUUUAUGUAAAUUUUCUGUAAGUGUUAUUGAUAUGCUGUUGUAUUAGCAAGGCAAGUGAAAUCUUAUGUCUCCCAUUAUCCCUCACACAUUACAGUUAUGUAGCACUUCAUAUCUUUACCUUUGUGUCUUGGCACGGAUUUGCAGAACAUACAUAAGAUUUGUGUUUGUUGUUUUUACAUUAUGACAGCAAGCAAAUUUUGAUUCAUACAUCAUCUGUUGUCGAAGAAAAAGACUUCCUAAAACCAUUACCGAUCUGGAUAUGAGGUCCUUUGCAUCUGCUCAUUGUUAGCUGGCCCGAGUUAAAAAUUCAUUUAGGGGACAGGAGAAAAAAAAUGCUAGAAAGUGUAUUAGUAAAUGGGAUAUUUGUGCAUUACAGAUGUAAUAAUGUAUCUAAUGCUGUAAGUUAAACAGUGCUUUACACCUGAUUUUAUUGGCAAUGAGUUCUUGCCCCAGAGAGUAGCACGUCAAAUAUAAUGUAAGAAACAAUAUUGAAUUCCUCCAGGCUCUGUAUUUUAAACAACUGAGCAUCCUAUCUCUCUCCCGUGUCUAAUUCCUCUUUCCUAGUGCACAUUCUCUUGCUUCUGACAUUUAUAACCAUUAAACUCUCCCAGAUAUCGUUCUUGCUGCUCCGUAGAGCUCCCUGAGUGAGCUUAAAAGUCUUUGACUUACAGCUGCUUUCAAAUGACCUGAACAUCUGGGAAAUUCAUUGGGCCAGUAUGUCCCUGUGACUAAUAGGGAUGUAACAGAGAGUCUCCUGUAAUCAUAACAGCGGAGGACUUCUCAGUUGUGAGUAGGAUGAAGUAACGUGGUUACUAUGGCCUGUUGUGAAUGAGAAGAAAAACAAACAUACACAGAUUCCCAGGCAUACAUGAAUCUAUCAUCCAACACUUUAAACUGCAUUCUUAAAGCAGAUGAGCUGCCAAGAUGUCCCGUGGUACCCCAGUGACAAAACACCCAACACUUCUCCCCAUGGUCAGUGUGAAAGGGGCCUACAGGAGAUAAAGAGGUUAUCCAACUCCAGUUAACCUAGUCUAGGGGCAUUAUAAAAACUAAUGCAAAAGAAAAAUGCCAUUUGUGCCCGUAGUAACAAUUUCUCAGUUUACUACAGUUAUAUUGUGAUCAGUUAUUAGGUUCUUUGAUAUUACAACUGCACCACGUUCUCUCUGUACUAGUUUGGAUACUCCCUUCCUUUAUGCUAUGUUGAUAAGCCACCGACACUGAACGGCAAAAGCAAGUUUCUAUUUCUAACCAAAUAAGAUGCCCUCAAAUUAUCAUAUUCUCCAAAAGUACAAAACAGAUUGUGUAAUACUGGAUCAGACCACACAUGACUACAUGUAUGUUGGGAGUAGGUUUGUGUGCCUAUAUAGACCUUGUAUACAUCUAAAUGAAUCUCGUAACACUGACCAAUAUGUGACCAUUAGAAUGAGGUUGAGAAGUUGAUUGUUUUCUUAAUGACACUGCCUAUAGGCCCUUUACAAGAGCCAAAAAUCUGCAGAAUGAGCAUACAUAGGAGUUCUGAUAAUUGGCCCAAGUUAAAAUGCCAGCGAUAAACUUAAGAACGAGAAAAUGUUGGAUCUUUUGUGCUGCCAUUUAAAUCUUUGUUACCUGCCGCACAUCACCAUGUAAACAGGGGCCAUGUGGCAAACACUGAUGAAUUUAAAGGGCCAUACAAAUGAUCCAGUGAUCGUUGGGGGAGCCUGGCACUGCAACUGAUCAGGCCCUGUAAAGUCUUUUUACACAAGCACCAAACUACUAGAGUGCACUUGUUUCACUUGUUUACAGGUACAGAUCAGCCCAUGUAAACAUAGUAUAACAUUUAUAAAAUGUAACAUUGACAAAGUGGCUUGUUGAAACAUUUGUCCUUUAUUGUUAAAAGUAAAUAUUUCCUAAACAUAUUGACAGAUAAAUGUGUCUUUUGUCAUUAAAGCUUGCUAGAUAACUGUUGGUUGAACAAAGUAUAUUUCCCGAUCCUGCCAUAAACAUACAUACUCAGCUCAGCAUGUGUUCUUAAAGGGGUAUUUAGGAAUAAAAAAAACAGUGUCGGUUUCUUUAAAAAAAAACACCUGUCCUCAGGUUGUGUGUGGUAUUACAGCUCGUUUCCAUUGAAGUGAAUGAAGCCAAGUUGUAAUACUACUCACAACCUGCAGACAGGUGUGGUGCUGUUUUUUAAAUAAAUCAGCUCUGUUCUAUUCCUGGAUAACCCCAUUACUAGAGGGAGGGCCCCUGCCAGACUCCUUUGGCGGCAGCUUAUCUCCAAGAAAAAAAAAAACAACAACUUUCCCAAUCCUUCUCUCCCCAACAUCUUAACAGCAUGUAACCAAAAUGUUGUGUGUUGGGGGGGGGGGGUUAGCCAACACAUAUCUGAUGUAGCCAGCUUAAGAGGUCUAGACUGGCAACCUCCAAGUCUAGAAGGAAAUCACGUUAUGUAAUCAUUUCUGUUCACAUAGUGUUUUUCCAGCUGACUUUGCGAAACCUGUUAGGAAUGUGUAUAUGCAUGUGUGUAACUAUGAGAGAAAAACACAGAACAGAGAUCAAGAAAUUAGCAUUUUGGCAAUAAUGCCCUUUGGCACAUUAUUAUAUGCAGAUUUUGUGCCAUCCUUCAGAAUAGCUUCAAAGUCAAAGUCUGUUCUGAUGUAAAGAGCAAAGCAUAGUGAGACGACUACUCACCAGCCGCGGGUUGUUCCUCAUGAGUUGAAUGUAAAGAUGUUCUCCAUCAUGAUAGAAUUAUGUUGGUGACAUAAGGUUUCAUGAUAUCCAAGUUUAGAAAACCUUAGGCUAUUCCUUAUUCUUAUUUAUAAAAGGAGGGCAAUAUUCCGAAUAGUCAGGCUGACUGUGUGACUUUAGUAUUCAUCAACAAAUUGACUUGUGGACAAUCCAGAGAAUUGUCCUACUCUAUGAUCACUACCUAUGUGCCAUUCCUCCAGUCCUGACAACCUCCAGGUACAGAAUCAUACAUCUGUGAAAAUGAUAUGAGCAGCUUUCUUUAUGGGCUUUAGG